UGGUGCAUGCUCCUGCAUUAACAUCCCCAUGCUUUCACACACUCCUUCUCUCCUCUCGCGGGGAUGCGCGCUAGAGUGGCCGACACGGGGAUUAACGGGAGCCGGUGGACGGGGGCUCUAAACGCGGCGUAACAAGGACCCUGAUACCUCUGUUAUACAUUUUUGUGGAAAAGACUGACGGAUGAAUCGCUUGGCGGCGUCUCCCAGAAUAGAAAGAAGUGCAGGCAGAGAUCCAGCAGCUCAGUACAGACUUGGAAUUUUGAAGAAUUUGCUGUGUUUCUUGCUCACCUUCUGGUGGAAUUCAGGUUUUCAUGACCAUGGAUUAACAAGAGUGAUCCCUUGCUUUGUCCAAAACCAUCUGGAGUGGUUGACCAACUCUUCCCAAGCAGCACCAUGUCAGACUCUGGCUCUAUUGGAAGCUACAACAGCAGUUUUCCAAGUGCUGGUGCCUGGAACAUUAAUGGCAGCGGCCCCUGGUUGCUGGCCUUCCUGCUGACUGUUAUCAUCUUCAUCACCGUGUGUGGCAAUGUGCUGCUCAUUGCCCUGGUGUUUGCCCACCGCUCCCUACGUUGCACCUCCAACUGCUUCCUGGUGUCCCUGUUCCUGUCGGACCUCAUGGUGGCGCUGGUGGUCAUGCCUCCGGCCAUGCUCAACAUUCUGUGCGGGGCCUGGGUGCUCUGGCCGGCCUUCUGCCCUGUGUGGCUCUGCUUCGACGUCAUGUGCUGCAGCGCCUCCAUCCUCAAUCUGUGUGUCAUCAGCCUGGACCGCUACAUCUUCAUCAUCUCGCCACUGCGGUACAAGCAAAGGAUGACCCUCCCUCGGGCGCUGCUCCUGGUGGGGGCCGCCUGGGGGUUGGCGGCGCUGGCAUCCUUCCUGCCUAUUGAGAUGAAGUGGCACAGCUUGGGCUACCUAAGUGGCCAGCCGCCAACUACGGGAGGCGGCUCUGACUUGCCGUACUCGGCGUCCUACUUCCAGGUCUCGCCGCCCGGAGGACUUUACUUUCAGUGUCGCCUGCAGGUUACCCUGCCCUUCGCUCUGGUGGCGUCCGUGCUCACCUUCUUCUUGCCCUCUGGCGCCAUCUGCUUCACCUACUGUCGUAUUCUUCUGGCAGCUCGUAGACAAGCCAAGAGGGUGGCCGCCCUGAGCCAUCCGCCACACCCUCACCCCUCUCUCGGGGAACCAUCCAGGCCUCCUUCACUUGGGGGUACAGCUCAGCAAGAUGGAGAUGACUGCAGCCACCAGCAGCGCCCAGUGUCACAGAAUCUGCCGCCGUCAGUGAACAGCGAGCGUCGCCUGGCUCACAGACAGGGUCGCAGGGCGCUGAAGGCCAGCCUGACGCUGGGAGUCCUCCUGGGACUCUUCUUCUGUGCUUGGCUACCCUUUUUCAUCACCAACAUGGCUCAGGCAGUGUGCGAGUGCGUCCCCCUGGCGCUCUUCGACGCCAUCACGUGGCUGGGCUACUGCAACAGCACCAUGAAUCCCAUCAUCUACCCGCUCUUCAUGAGGGACUUCAAGCGAGCGUUGGGGAAGCUCUUGCCCUGCUCCGCCUCCUCGCGCUCGCCCAGGCAACCCUCGCCGGCGCUCUCAUUGUCCCUGCGCAACUCAGGAGAACCCAACAUCUGCAGCGAGCCCCAGUCCCCCCUGGCCUCAGACACCACGCCCCCGCCGGCCACUGCCACGGACGCCGUGAAUUUAUUGGACGCCGAGCACGCCGGGCUGGACCUGCCUCUUCUUCUGCCCAAUCAGGUGGUCACACUUGACUGACUGAACGGUAAAAUGAAGUUGCACUGACCAAAUUGAUUAAAAGAUGAGAAACUGCAUUAAAUGGAAAUGUGUUGUUGAAAAACAAGGUAUCCCUAAGCACAUUUUCAAUGUACUGUAUGUGAGUGUAGAGAAGAAAAACCUUGGACUCGCUUGAGGAAGAAGUCUUUUGCCGCCACCUGAUGGCUUUCAUGUACAAAUCACUAGACGCUGAAUAUAAGAGGACCUGUCUUUUUAAGACAUUUAUUCUCAGGGAAAAAAUAGUCUUUUUUUGCGACAGCAUGUAUAGUUUAAAUUUAAAACUUCCAUUUAAAACAUGAAUUAGUACACUGUUUAAAGUACAUCCCCAAAACUAUAAAUAAAAACACUUUUUUGUGGUUCAGAUGGUGUAAAGACAAGUGUUUUGCUUUCUGUAUUAAAGUGCAUUUACUAGAAAUGUAAGCCACCACAAUGCAGCCCCGCGCGUAUUUUUGAUGUGUGUUAGCGACCGGAUGAAAAACUGUCGCUUGGGGGGAAAAUUGUUUGACACACCACCUUUAGUUGGCAUGUAUAAAUCUCUAGCUCUGUUUUGUUAAGACUUUUUUUUUAUAGAAGAAAAACAUGCCCUGCUUUAGUGUUGUUUACGUGAAGGUUUGCAUCUAUAAAUGUCUAGAUACCGAAUAUGAGAUGACUUGUCUUUUUGAGACUUUUUUUCAGGGGGAAAAAAAAUACCAUCUUAUAUUGGAGACAAUAUGGUGUACAGUCGUCCCUCGCCACUUUGUGGUUUGAAUUUUGCAGCAUCAAUCUAUCAAUCAUGCUGUUUCGUGGUUGAAUAUGGCCUAUUAUUAGUAAAAACGUUUUGUUUUGCCAAAAUUAAGCAUUUUCAAGCAUAAAAAUGGCUAAAUGAACU